AUGAACAUAAUUGGGAGCUACCAGCACCAUCACCUAAUGCACGAGACUUUUCCGUUCGUCCAGAGGUGUCAUCCCGACGCGCAGUACUUCCAGAGCUGGGUGGUGAAUCACGCCGAGGUCCCCGCGGACUUUCAGAUCCAACAGCCGUACUCCUCCGAGUUCAGCGCGCCGGGGGUCGUGCACGACGCCCAGAUGGACGCACUGUCGGGGCGCAUGGGCAAACGAAGAGCGUCGGGACCCAAGAAAGAGCGCAAAAGGACAGAGAGCAUAAACACGGCAUUCGCUGAACUGAGAGAGUGUAUACCGAACGUUCCUGCGGACACCAAAUUGUCCAAAAUAAAGACCCUGAGACUGGCCACAAGUUACAUCGCUUAUCUGAUGGACGUUCUGGCGAAAGACACUGGGGAGACCGAGGGAUUCAAAGCCGAAAUAAAGAAAUUUGACAGUAGAGAUUUAAAGCGGAAACGGGAAGCGAAUGACGGUCUUCAGGAAUCAUUAGGAAGCGAGAAAAAGUUCAAAGGCAGGACGGGGUGGCCGCAGCAGGUUUGGGCUCUGGAGCUGAACCAGUGA